AUGGCCUCGCUUAGGAAGCAACUUUCAUCAUCUGGCUUUAAAUCUUCAAGAACUACAAACUUACACUACCCUAGACAUUCAAGUCUUCCACCUGGUGCAAUCACUGAUUUCGUGUGGAAAGAUUACUCCCCCCUUCUUUUCAGAAACAUACAAGACCUUGGAGAUGUUAACUAUGAAGAUUACAUGCUAUCAGUGUGCAACCAUGAAACUCUCAUGGCAUUAGCACUGCGUGGAUCUUGUGGUAAGCCAUUCUAUUUGGCUCAUGAUGACCGAUUCGUCAUCAAAUUGUUGCGCAAAUCUGAGGCUAAGGUUCUCUUAGAGAUGCUUCCAAGUUACUAUAAUCAUAUUAAAAGACAUGACAAUUCCCUAUUAGCCAAGUAUUAUGGCCUUCAUGCUUCACGACCUGGCACAGGUGGAGCAAAGGUUUAUUUCGUUGUUAUGGAGAAUUUGUUACGAACAGAAUUGCAGAUGCACAGACUAUAUGAUCUUAAAGGCUCCUCACAAGGAAGAAAUGCCACUAGAAAUGGAAAUCAACAAAGAUUAACGUUAAAAGAUCUUGAAUUUGAUUUAUGCUUCUAUCUUAAUCCUUCCCACCGAAGUCAGAUUUUAGAGCAAAUCAAGAUAGACUGCAAAUAUUUGGAGGAGCAAGGAAUCAUGGACUAUAGUUUGUUGCUCGGAAUACAUGUAGAUCGUCCACAACGAGAUUCAUCAAAAGGGCGUUCACAUGAUGAUUCUGCACAAGCAGAAAACGGAACGGACCAUCCUCGUGCUGAAAUAGUGGAAGCGUUUCAUCGACGAGACCCUACUUUUUCACAGUUUAUCCCAUCUAACAGGCUUGAUGUUACAAGAUUUGGAGCAAAAGUUCAAGCACGGGCAAUGAGAAUGCAUCAAAUUGACAGGGAAAGUCCAUCAGAGAGCUUGAAAUCAACAUCACAAGGGUCUAAUAAUGUCUACUUAUUUCUGGGAAUAAUUGAUUUUUUACAAAACUACAACAUGCUGAAACGACUUGAACAUGCUUACAAGUCAUUGCAUUAUAAUCCUAAAACAAUUUCUCCUGUGAAUCCUAGACUUUAUGCAAUGCGUUUUCAAGAUUUUCUUUGCAAAGUAUUCCUCGUCGACGAGUCGAUUAGUCCUGAAUCUGAUGGGUUAAUACUCCAGGACGCAUCUAUGAUCAGCUAGCAGUUUAGCAGUGUUAUAAAAAGAGAUGAAUGUUUAACUACAAAUAAGGUGUUUCAGUUUUUGUGAUAUCUUUGUUAAACAAAAAUUUGUACAUUGUAAUGUAUGUAGAUUUGAUAUCGAUACCAAUUUUA